AUGCACAACUUCAUAGCACCAGUACGCGAACAUUCAUUCCCACAGUUCCCCAAAGCCGGCAACAUACGGCAGAGACCAGUUGUACAAAAUCAGCUAGAGGAACAGGCCACCGUUGUCAAGAAGGCGCCGUCGAAACCCAGGAAGUCACAGAGAUGUACUCGGAGGGUGUACGGUCUCACGGAAGCCAGUGUAUUUGAGAAUAUUCAGAACCAGAGCCGGGCCAUGAUGCUUGCCAACAAGGAAGAAGCAAAGGCGCAAGAGCUGGCAGAUACGGCAGACCCAGAGGGGCAAAGGGCAGAUUCAGGGGAGGAUUUAGUGGAAGCAAUGCUCGUACGCAAGAUGCAGGCCAAGACCGAGAAGGGGUUGAAGGAUGCAGGAAACCAGCCAAGGAAUGACUCCCAGUACGUCGUGGCCAAAUCGCUGGGUAACGUGGAGGCACCAGGGGACGAUGGGACGACAUGA